ACAUUGAACCAAUCUCUAACAGUUGCAGCAAUCAAUGACAUACACAAAAUAAUUGCUCCAAGAGCUAUUCGCUAUGGAUGAAAAUGAAGAUAAAGCAUGGUGGAGACCAGAAUCCUCUCAUGGGUACGUUCAUCUGCUGUCUGCUAGCCGGUCCCAGUGGUACAUGUGUGCAGCACUGUGUGUUACCCUCACUCUCUCCUUGUCUCUGCUCAUCCUGAUGCCCAGUCGGUUUGGCAGUGUGGACAGAAAGUUAUCUGAUUUGGAGAGAUCCGUGUCAAAUCUGACUGAAUCUGUGUCCCUUCACUUAUCAAAACUACAUGAGAAAGUUGGUAGUCUGGAGUUGAAGUUAUCUGAUUUGAAGAGAUCAGUAUUAAAUAUGACAGAACGUGUGUCCUUUCACUCAUCAAAACUACCGAAGAAAGUGGGCUGUCCUGAUGGCUGGAAUCUUCACAACUCCAGCUGCUACUUCUUCUCGGCUUACCGGGCUUCAUGGUACACAGCCCGAGACUCCUGUAGGUCUAUGGAUGCCACACUGCUCAUCCUAACUGACGAAGAAGAGUGGGUCUUUGUAAACAGAAUGAGUGUUGGUCGCACCUUUUGGCUUGGCCUGUCAGAUGAGAGGACUGGAGAGUGGGAGUGGGUCAACAGGAGUCCUUACAUCAUGGACCAGAGUAAAUGGAUGCCAGGCCAACCUGAUAACUGGACAGGGCAUUCUACAGGGGGCACAGAGGACUGUGCCCAUAUCACCACAUCUGGGAAACUCAAUGACAACCACUGCACCGUUGCCUAUACAUUCAUCUGCAAAGCCAGACCAGCACCCAACUAAUAAAGCUAAACAUUUCUAGGCUUUAUGAUUCAAAAUAACCUUAACAGGAUUGGCUUGAAUUAAGCAAAUCCUGUUUUCUAUUUGAUUGUCACGUUUGUGUAUUUUUGCAUGCCAAAUAUGUGGUUUGCUGUAUUCCUGAUCUAAUACACCCAUAUAAAAAAAUA